UACAAAAACCCAGUUUGUUGAAUCUUUACUGAAAUAUUUUGCAACCAUCACAUUAAACUGAUCAUCUCCAGGUGUGAUCAAACUUCCAAUUGCUCUGAUGAAUCAGACGAAGAAAACUGUAGGAUGAUAAGUAAGAAAAAAAACUACAACAAGAAAAUUGCUCCAUUUAAGUAUGAGGCCGAAACUAAGGAGUAUAUCCCAGCAGACAUAGUUGUAUCAAUUACUCUUAGAGAUAUCUUGAGGAUUGAAGAGAUUAACCAUGGUUUUACUCUGAAGUUCUUGAUGGAAAUGGAGUGGUAUGAUUACAGACUUAAUUAUUUUAAUCUCAAAGUAAACCAAUCUCUAAAUGCUCUCUCUACAGAAGAAGUACAGAACAUUUGGAUUCCAUUUAUUUUGUUUGAUAAUACUGAGCAUAAUGAUGCUACUAAAGGAGAUGAAGAUACAGAGAUGACAAUAACAAGGAACUAA